AUGUUUUUAUUGUUCCUUGCCCUCGGUUUUUCAAACAUCCAGGCAAAAUAUACCCUGAAAGAAGAUGAGCCAAUCAAUGCCGAAAUCAACAACCAAGCCGAUCCACUUGAUUCAUCUGCCUCAGAGUCAACUUCUACAGAGAUAUCACCAUCCUAUAUGCCAACCGAAUCAUCAUCCGAUUCACCAACCGCUAUCCCUCCAGAGCCAUCUUCUGAGAUAACUUCCCAAUCAUCUGAAACAUCCUCUGAAACAAUUCCUCCAGAGCCAUCUUCUGAGAUAACAUCUCCAUCUACUUCUGAGUCCUCUGAGACAAUUCCACCAGCACCAUCCUCAGAAACAACAUCAACAUCUCCAUCUUCCUCUGAGUCCUCUGAGACAAUUCCUCCAGAGCCAUCCUCAGAAACAACAUCAACAUCUCCAUCUUCCUCUGAGUCCUCUGAGACAAUUCCUCCAGAGCCAUCCUCAGAAACAACAUCAACAUCUCCAUCUUCCUCUGAGUCCUCUGAAACAAUUCCACCAGAGCCAUCUUCUGAGACAACAUCAACAUCUUCUACAUCCGAAGCCCCAACAGUCGCUCCAACAGAAAUACCAACUCCAAAGCCAACAGAUUUACCAACUCCAAAGCCUACAGAAAUACCACCACCACCAAAGCCAACAGAAGAGCCAAAGCCAGAGCCAACACAGCAGCCAGUUACACCAACACCAGACUCACAGAGGGGCGGAUGGACUAAAUGA